UGUUUUGUACCCACUGUGCUCUUUCUGUUUCCCUUCUCUAGAGAGCUCACCAUGGUCAAUGAGACCCAGCAUACCUGCAGUGCCAGUUCCAGCUCCAAGUCCGACGGUGGCAGCAGCAGCGGGAGCGAGAGCUCCAAGGACAGUUCACGCUGCUCCACCCCAGUCCUCGAUGCUGACCGUCAUGAGCGGCUGCGGGAGAAGAUGCGCCGACGGCAGGACUCUGGAGACAAGUGGUUCUCCUUGGAGUUCUUCCCUCCACGCACAGCCAAUGCUGCAGUCAAUCUCAUCUCCAGGUUUGACCGCAUGGGAGCAGGUGGUCCCCUCUUCAUUGACGUGACGUGGCACCCCGCCGGGGAUCCAGGAUCUGACAAGGAGACCUCUUCCAUGAUUAUUGCCAACACUGCAGUCAACUACUGCGGCCUGGAGACCAUCCUGCACAUGACGUGCUGCAAUCAGACCAGGGAUGACAUCACGGGGCAUCUGCAGAAGGCCAAGCGGCUCGGGUUGAAGAACAUCAUGGCAUUGCGUGGAGAUCCUGUUGGUGAGGAAUGGGAGGAAGAAGUAGAUGGUUUCAACUAUGCUGCUGACCUGGUUAAGCACAUUCGCAAUGAAUUUGAUGAUUACUUUGACAUCUGUGUGGCCGGCUACCCUAAAGGUCAUCCUGAAGCAGAGAGCUAUGAGGCAGACCUGAGGCACCUGAAGGAGAAAGUCUUUGCUGGGGCAGACUUCAUCAUUACACAGCUCUUCUUCCGCUCAGAAACCUUUUUCAAGUUCAUGAAGGACUGUCAAGCCAUUGGCAUCACCUGCCCCAUUAUUCCUGGCAUCUUCCCCAUACAGGGUUACCACUCCCUGCGCCAGCUGGUGAAGCUCUCCAAGCUGGAAGUGCCUCAAGAAAUCAAAGAUGUGAUCGAACCCAUCAAAGACAAUGAUGCAGCUAUCCGGAACUAUGGGGUGGAGCUGGCAGUGUCCAUGUGCCGGGAACUGUUGGAUAGUGGCAUGGUGCAUGGGCUCCAUUUUUACACCCUCAAUCGGGAAGUGGCUACUACCGAAGUCCUUAAGCGCCUGGGCAUAUGGAAGGAGGACCCCAGGCGGCCUCUGCCCUGGGCAGUCAGCGCUCACCCCAAGAGAAGAGUUGAAGAUGUUCGGCCCAUCUUCUGGGCCUCUAGGCCCAAGAGUUACAUCUAUCGAACUCAAGAGUGGGAUGACUUCCCCAACGGCCGAUGGGGUAACUCCUCCUCUCCAGCCUUUGGGGAACUGAAGGACUAUUAUCUCUUCUACCUGAAGAGCAAGUCUCCCCGGGAGGAGCUCCUGAAGAUGUGGGGAGAAGAGCUGACUGGCGAGGAAAGCGUCUUUGAGGUAUUCACGUGUUACAUCACCGGAGAACCCAACAAGAACGGGCACAAGGUUACGUGUAUGCCUUGGAAUGAUGACCCUCUUGCUACUGAAACCAACCUUCUGAAGGAGCAGCUGGAGAAGGUUAACAGACGAGGAAUCCUGACCAUCAAUUCCCAGCCAAACAUCAAUGGCAAACCAUCCACAGACCCCAUUGUAGGCUGGGGUCCCAGUGGGGGUUAUGUCUUCCAAAAGGCAUACCUGGAGUUCUUCACCUCCAGUGAGAUCGUCACGGCACUGCUCAAAGUGCUGAAGAAGUACGAGCUGCGAGUGAACUACCACAUUGUCAAUGUCAAGGGCCAGAAUAUCACCAAUGCUCCAGAUCUGCAACCCAAUGCUGUCACCUGGGGCAUAUUCCCAGGCAGAGAGAUCAUCCAGCCCACUGUAGUGGAUCCUGUAAGCUUCCUCUCUUGGAAGGAUGAGGCCUUUGCACUGUGGAUCGAGCAAUGGGCCAAGCUCUAUGAAGAGGAGUCACCCUCUCGCAUGAUCAUCCAGUACAUCCAUGACAACUACUACUUGGUCAACCUGGUGGACAAUGACUUCCCACUUGAAAACUGCCUCUGGCAGGUUGUGGAUGAUACUUUUGAGCUGUUGAACUCUCCAACUCAGCAGUGAAAAUUCCUCUUCUAAUCCUUUACUUCCUCCUCCUGUCCACUGACUUUGCGAGGGGAUAAAAAGCAGCUGCUGUGCUGACGGUGAACCACACACUCC